AUGAAGUCAAUAAUAUGUGUUUUAUUGUUAACGACAAGUGCGAUUUGGAUCGAAGCGAAACGUGAACGAUAUGAUGAAUAUACAGUGUAUCGAAUUAAACCAAAAAAUGAAGCACAAAUGAAAUUAAUUGAUGAGUUAGGAAAGAAUGAGGGUGUGGACUUAUGGACUAAAGUUAGACAAUCAUAUGUGGAUAUUAUGAUUUCACCAAAACAAAAGCAACGGUUUCAUGAAUUUGUGGAAAAACAUGAUUUAGAUAUCUCAGUUUUUAUUGAAAAUGGACAAAAGUUAAUUGAUGAUGAAGUAAAAGUGAACAAACCAAAUCAUAGAAUUGGUUUAGAAUUCAAUUUUCUGUAUUACUAUCGACUAGACGUUAUAUACAGACAUUUGUAUAAAUUGGAAGCACAAUAUCCAGAUAUAGCGAAAGUCGUUACAAUUGGUAAAAGUUAUGAAGGUCGUAAAAUCAAAGGACUUCAUAUUUCCCGUAAACAAAACACUCGUACUAUAAUAAUUGAAGGUGGAAUACAUGCUCGAGAAUGGAUUGCUCCAGCCACAACUAUGUUCAUUCUAUCACGAGUUUUGAAUAAUUCGAAUCUCAACCAACAAAAUCUCUUUGAUGAAUUUAAUUGGUAUAUAUUUCCAGUUGUGAAUCCAGAUGGCUAUGAAUAUACACAUACCACGGAUCGCUUAUGGCGUAAAACUCGACAGCCUAAUAAUGGAAGCCGAUGUUUUGGUACUGAUGGAAAUCGUAAUUUUGAUUUUCAUUGGAGGGAGAUUGGAGUCAGUAGUGACCCAUGUUCCGAAACAUAUGGUGGACCUUCUGCUUUUUCUGAACCUGAAACAAGAGCAUUGUCUGAUUUUAUUAAAUCGCAAAAAGAUAAUUUAUGGAUGUAUGUUGCAUUCCAUUCGUAUUCGCAAUUAUUACUUUUCCCUUAUGGAUAUACAUCGGAGCAUGCUGAGAAUAAUGACGAUUUGCAAUCAAUUGGAAAUGCAGCUUCCAUGGCAUUAUUUACUCGUUUUAAUACAUCGUACGUUGUUGGAUCAGUUUACGAAACAAUUUAUGGAGCAUCAGGAAGUUCUAUGGAUUGGGUAUUAGGUGUAGUAAAGACACCAUUAUCAUUUACGUAUGAGUUACGGGAUAAAGGUCGAUUCGGAUUUCUUUUACCAUCAAACCAAAUAACUCCAUGUGGAAAAGAAAUUGUUGAUUCUUUUGAAGCAUUGAUUUCACAAGCGGAAAAAUUGGGGUAUUAAUUGUGCAGUUUCGGGAG